AUGGGUGCCUGUGCACCCCUUCUCUAUCAUUUGGCUUCGCCCCUGGAUCCGAGGGUUUCACCUUGUUUCCUACCGAUAUGUAGCGGAAUUGACCCCCUUUGUGUAGUUGCGGACGUUGUUACGGACCCAUGUGUCCGCUUCAGCUUGGUUGGAGGCGAUACGCUGGAUAUCAGAGUUGGGAACAUCGAUUAUAAGCUCGAGAACCUCAUGGUUGGGAUCGUAAAGACGCAUCAGCUGGAUGUUACGCUGCCGGUAAAACGCAACCACAUCUGCGGGACGUGGCAGGUUGUUUCCAAAUUUCCCGUAGCACACUCCGAUUUGCCCAGCUUCAUUUCCAGGUUAAGAAAGAGAACUGAACCUGCCUUGUAGAAGAAGGAAGCCAGUACGAAGCUGAGAAUAAGCAGAAACAGUGGUGUGGAGGCUAAGCAACUCGAUCGAUGAUGAGACAUCUUCAAGAAAAAACAACCAAAAGAUGAUGAUUUUAAGAUACCGAUCCCUUUGUUUUAUUCCAAAACAAAGAGAAAAUGGGUGACUGGUCAAUGAAAUGAAAUUAAACAAAGUCAUCCAGUCAUAUCAUUCAGUAGUCUGAAAGUGUGAGCUUUCUAUACAUGUAGCCAUGACUGACCAAAUUAUUUUGGACCCUAGGGCAAAAUUUUUUUUGGUCUUUUAAAUUUGAUUUUUCAAAUAUUCUUUUUGCGUUUUGAUAAAUAAAACUUUAUUCCUUUUGUAUAGUUUUCUUUUGGUGAAUAAGAUUUUGUCAUGGAACCAA